AGAUCUCGGAGGUUUGCCUUCAAGCCGCCUUUGGUCCUCCAGAAUUUUGGACUCCAACUUCCAGAGAUUUGGCUAGAGAGGACUUCCUGCGGUGUUUUAUUUUGCAAGGUUGUGGCCUGUGUCCUCCUCUUCCUCCUCCAAAAGCGGGUUCUUGGGAAACUCGUGUAUUUUACAUUUCUUUCUCGGAGGUUUGUGGAGGAAAAGGAGAAACGUCUGAGGCGGAGUUCUUGGAUUUAGAGGGAAGAAACUGGAGGGAGGAAGUUUGCCUCCCGCCCGGAUCCACAGCUGUUUCUCUAGGCAGUAAGGACUGAACUUUUGAUGCAUUUAAGUUCCAACAAUGUUGUUACUGCAGAAAGCUUCAUGCUGAUGUUUAUAAUGCUCCAGUAGAGUCUAGCAUUCCCCACAGUUUCGGGCUACUAUCCAAAGAUGAAAAUGGAGACCCGGGAACACCUUAUAAGUCACAUACCAGGGCAGGUGCCAAGGGAAGUGAGAGGGAGCUGCCAUGUUGCGACAAUGGAGGCAUUCCUGCAAAGGAGACCAGCGGAGGUGAAACAGGAAACUGACGAAGGCUCUCUUAAACAGUGGGAAACCCAAUGGCAGGAGUUUCUGAAGAGCGUGGAAGGCCCUCACCCAAACUGGGGCAUCUCUCAGUCGAGGGAGGAGCCGUGGGACGACGCCAAAGCCUUCCUGGCCUCCUUUGAGCAAGUGGCCCAAGCCUGCCGGUGGCCCAAGGAAGAGUGGGUGCCUCGGCUCCUGCCAGCAUUGAGCGGAGAGGCCAAGCGGGCCUUCCCUGGCCUAGAGGCCGAAGGCAGGGAGGAUUAUGGGAAAGUGAAGGCCGCCAUCUUGCACGGGGAUGCCAUGCGGAGGGAGAAGCAGCGGCAGUGCUUCCGGUGUUUCCGCUACCGGGAGGCCGAGGGGCCGAGAGGGGCUUACGGGCAGCUCCAGGAACUGUGUUGCCGGUGGCUGAAAGCUGAAAGGCAUUCGAAGGAGCAGAUCUUGGAGCUGCUGGUCUUGGAGCAGUUCUUAGCCGUCCUGCCUCCAGAGAUAGAGGCCUGGGUCAAGGAAUGUGGUCCAGAGACUUGCUCCCAGGCGGUGGCCUUGGCGGAGGACUUCCUCCAGAGACAGCGAGAGGCCAGGAGGCAGGCAAACCAGGUGCCGUUAGAGGGAGAGGAGACGGCGGGUUCUCCUGAAGGUGUCCAAGCCCUGCCUGAGAUGGAGCAGAAGAAGCUUAGUGUGGAGAUCAAACAGGAAGAUGACGACGGGGAUACUGGACCCUUGGGUGAUGAAUUGAAAAGUGAGAAUGAGGGGCAACUAGGUGGGGAUUCCUCAGAAAGAACAGAGUGUGAAGCAUUGAAGGAAAAUGUUUGGAGCCAAGACGGGCCAGCGAGCAAAAAUGGAGGAAGUGAAAGCCACCUGGAGGAGGUGAAAGCCGAAUCUUUCCCAUUUCAGUUGGGAGACUUCCACAAAAUCUCAGUUCAGCAGGAAAGAUGGAAAGAAACAAAUGAGACUGCUUUCCCCACAGUUCAUUGGAGAAUUCACUCUGAGGACAAAUCCAGUGAAUGUGAAACACUUUCUGAAGGGACAGGUUCCAACAUAUACUGGAAUCAAAGUAUUUCUGCAGAUGAGAGACAGUUUAUGAAUUCAAAUCCUGAUAAGAUGAAACAUCCAAGGAUCCAAAAAGAGGAGAAGCUGUAUAAAUGUUUGGAGUGUGAGAAAUGCUUUGGUCGGAAGACCCAUCUCUUGUCUCACCAGAUAAUUCACACAGGAGAGAAGCCGUACCAGUGCUCCGAAUGUGGGAAAUGCUUUGGUCGGAGUGCCCAUCUCAAGUCACACCAGGUACUCCACACCAGGGAGAAGCCCUAUAAAUGUACAGAGUGCGGAAAGGGUUUCAGCCACCAUGGAAGCCUUAGCUUACAUCAACAGAUGCACACCGGGGAGAAACCGUAUCAGUGCUUGGAGUGUGGGAAAUGCUUUGGCCGGAGUGCCCAUCUUAAGUCACACGAGAUAAUCCACACUGGGGAGAAGCCGUAUCAAUGCUUGGAGUGUGAUAAAUGCUUUGGUCGGAGUACCCAUCUCAAAUCACACCAGGUAAUCCACAGCAGGGAGAAGCCCUAUAAAUGUAUAGAGUGUGAAAAAAGUUUCAGCCACCAGGGAAGCCUAAGCUUCCAUCAACGGAUUCACACAGGGGAGAAGCCAUUUUCCUGCUCCGAAUGUGGUAAGAGCUUCCGUGAUCAGUCCAGCCUUGUUAGACAUAAGAGAAUCCACACCGGAGAGAAACCGUACACCUGUGCAGAGUGCGGGAAGGGAUUCAGGCAAAGUACCAACCUGACUUUACAUCAAAGAAUUCACGGCCAAAGAAGCUGCCACACAAAUAUCAGUGGGAAUAACCAGCUGAAUACUGGCAUGACUGUGUUAGUCUCUCCACCUAAUCCAACAAUCAGUCUAGUAGCACCUUAAAAAUAAAGCCCUAUUAUCAGGCGUCCUCAAAGUUUUAAAGCAGAGGGCUGGAUUCACUCUCCCUGAGACCAUUGGGAGUUAUGAUUACAGGUUGGAAAAAAAUGAAUUAAAUUCUACACACACUGCACAUAUCUUAUUUGUUGAGCAAAAAAAUAUGAAAGAACAAUACAAUAGUUAAUAUGAAGGACAAUUCUAAACAACAUAAAUUUACCAUUAUUUCAGUGGGAAGUGUGGAUCUGCUUUGGGCUGAUGAGAUGGUCAAGUUAGCUAGGAUUGUUGUUAUUUGCCUGCAAGUUCUUUCAGAUUUAGGCCGGCCCUGAGACUGAAGUUUAGUACAUGGGCUGGGCAAAUGACCUUGUGAGGGCCUCAUCUAGCCCGUGGGACUUAGUUUUGGGACCCCUGCGCUAUACAUUCAUGGUCAGCUGCAACCAGCAGUGCUGCGGAGUUUGAAGAGGCACGAAUGGAGGGCUUAAGGGAGAAACGUGCCAAGAGGAAGGCCCGUCAAGCCAACCCUGACCAGGACUGCCUUCCACCUGGAAACCAAUGUCCUCACUGCGGGAGAAGAUGCAGAUCAAGAAUAGGUCUCUUCAGCCACCUAAGAACUCUGCUGUUUUGCUGAGCGAGUGAGUUGAAGGCACCUUAAUACUAAAUACCCUGAAGGCAGUUCAACGGAUCUAUCUUGGAAGCUACAGCCUUGGUUUGCACUUGGAUGGGAGACCGACAUGGAGUCCAAAGUGCUGGAGGCUUUAUUGCAGAGGAAACCCACCUUUGGGUAGUUAUAUGUUUUCCGGGCUGUAUGGCCAUAUUCCAGAAGUAUUCUCUCCUGACGUUUCGCCCACGUCUAUGGCAGGCAUGUUUCACAUUGGCAUGUUUUCGAACUGCUAGGUUGGCAGGAGCUGGGGCUCACAGCGGCCGCUCCCGCCGCUCCUGGGGUUUGAACCUGGCACCUUUCAGUCUCCAGCUCAGUGCUUUAAUGCACUUGCCACCGGGGCUCGUAUAGACUAUGAGAAUGAUGGAAAUGUUAACAAAAAUACAAGAAUAAAUAAAAUAAUAUAGAAAAAGUAAUAAAAAUUCUAAAAUACAGGAUGAAUAAAAUAAUAAAAUUCAAGAAUACAUAA